AUGACCAGUCGAAUAGCUCGUCCCACCAUCUACAGCAUAAACAAACCCUCCAAACGUCGUACAGACGAACCCUUAAUCUGCAACCGACGGAAAACACCGUUCAUCCUGGGUCAAAAGGUGCGCAUCCCCAGUCUGUCGCUUACAGGCACUGUGCGAUAUAUAGGUGAAACCAAAUUUAAGCCCAACGAGACCUGGAUUGGCAUUGAGCUCGAUGUGAGAGGGACAGGAAAGAACGAUGGAUGUAUCCAGGGUGUUCGUUACUUUACUUGUCCUCCACAGACAGGUCUGUUUGUGUCGGCGCAUAAAGUGGAGGAAGCAAUGAAACCACGAAAGAGUCUGUCGACAAAACCGAUAACACGACAAAAGGCGCCACCGAUGGUGCGCAGUAAAACAAGUGAUGAUACCCAACAAGCUCAAGAGGAAGAACAAAAGGACAAACAGCUCAAACGAGCACUGGCCGCAGCACAUACCCAAAGCGAGCAGUACAAGGAAGCGGCUCUGGUCGCAAGACAAUAUACAGACACAUUGAAAGAACGUAUCGACAGAUUGGAAAAGGAACGAGCGCAGGAGGAAAAAGAACAUGAGCAAGAGAUGCAGCAGAGUGCAGCUCAGAUGGACCAGUUGCGCGCUCAGCUAUCUGACCGAGACCGCACCUUGGCGACAGUCGAAAGAGAGUACGCCGAACUGAGGACGGCUCAUAUCGAGACAAUGCAGUCUUAUCAGCAGCUGGUGAUCCGAAUGAAGCAAGAACAUACCGAGGCAAUCCAUCAGAAAGAUCUUCAGAUGCGUGAGCUCGAAAAGAAGAUGGAGCGGUGGGAAGAAGAACGAGAAGAAGCGGAGAACGAGCCAGCAUGUCGUCGUCUGCAGGCCCAGCUCGAACUGACAACCCAGGCAUUAGAUCGUGAGCGUGAGCAGGUACAAGCCAUGGCGGCCGAGAUCAGUCGAUUGAAAAGCGAUGUCAAGCGUGUCCAUCGAUUGUCAACGUCGUCCACACUCGAGUGUCACAGGCUCCAGUCCCUUCUCGAUCAGGAAAUUCAGGAUAAACGGCGGAUGAUGGACGAAGUCAAUGCGGCAGUAGAGACACAAAUGCGACUCGAAGAAGAAAAUGAGCAGAUGCGGAUCAACCUGGAUAAGUCUCGAUGUGAUCUCGCAGACGCUCUCAAGCGUUUGGUCACACUCGAGAAGCAAAAGAUAGGUUCAGACGACGGCUUGGUCGAACAAUUGCGUCAGGAGAACAACGCAUGGAUCGAAUCUUACCAACACGCUGAGCAGGAAUGUCUUCGUUGGAUGAAUGGGGGCUUAGAAAAGUGCCCGCACGAAUGGUUUUUGGAACAGCUCAGACGCGAAGAAGAGCGACAUCAGCAGGCUCAAUACGCCUUUCAACAGACGAUCGAGAGACUGACAAAAGAGCUGUGCGACGUCGAGUCCCUGGUGGAAAUUAAAGUGCUGAGAGAAACAGAAUUAGAGGAGCGACUCGAGCAGGAGAAGAGAAAAGUAAUGGCAUUAGAAGACAGAGUGAGACAUGCGAUCAUUCCGACGCCUACUUCCCCUGUGUGCCAACUCAAAGAUUUAAACGUCAAUCCUUAUUGUGAGAUCUGCGAGGAAUACGGUCAUGAUCUCAUGCAAUGUACUGCAUUAAGUGACUUGUCAAUAAGUAAACCAAACUAUCUCUUCUGUGUCAAUUGCGAUGUAUUUAACGAGCAUUCAACAGAUGCUUGCCCAAAUCAAGAUGAAACGUUUUGA